GACAAGCCCGUGUCCCACCAGCCUCCCGGUGUCCGUGCCCUUCACCUAUGACUCAACCCCCCGCGAGGCGAAAGGUGCUUCUUCCCUUUUCUUCCCCUCGGAAAGGAAAACCGUAUGCUGUGUCGUCGUGCUGGCGACGAGUCGACGACGCCACAGAGCAAGAGGAGGGGAAUUUCGGGCUCCGCAUUAACGUCCUCCGGCGGAGGUGGGAUCUAGCUGGCACUCAUCUCCACGAUUAUCACCACCGGCAUUCCGCCCCUCCCUUCCGGUCGCAGCAGGUAUUCCUGCCCACCUCCUCUCGCUGAACGGACGGAGAUACGGUUCGGUCUCGUCCCGCCGUGGCAGGAUCACAGCCAGCGAGGGAAGACGGACGGCCGCCGAAUGGGCCCAACCGGGAUAAUUCGGCAGGGGGCCGCACCUCACUCGUUAAUCGUUACUCCGUCCGCCUCAGUCGGAAUCUCCCCCACAUGGACCACCGAGGGCGCCACCACUUCUCGCUCCUGUCUUGGAGUUUUGUUAAACGAACUGUUCGUUGGCCCUGCUUUCCCUCUUACCGAUUCUUUCAUCUUUCAGGUCUGCUGCAACCAACAGAGACUGACCGACUCGGGCAGACUCAGGCCACGCCGGGCCACGACAACGACGAGACGAAUCGAGCCACAACAAACCCGAGCCUUCGUCACGCCCUCGACAGGUCUGGCGACUCUGGUCACUGGUCACUAAGGUCAGCACAUGCGACGGCGCGGAAGAUUACAAAGUCUUCCGUCACGCUCGGUCACUCUCGCAGUCACUGGCUUGCCCUUCCAUGGUCGGCAGUCCAGGGCAGGCGAGUGCGAUUGCAGGGCCGGGCGGGGGGAGCGUGUUGCACGAAAUCCGAAGAGUGCGAUGGUGUACACAUUAACUCAUUCCUCCCCCAGCCUCUUGACGUCGGUAGGCCUCGCGCCUGCCGAUACACUGCUGCAGCUGAAGGACUACCAAGUCAGUGUACUGGUGAAAAACGUAUCACGUAAGGAAAUACUGUUAUCAUCGUCGAGAACAAUCACGAAAGUUCACGCGAGGGAAAAAAAUUGCACAUUGUCGUAUGCACUGAAGAGAAAGAUAAUAUUAUGCUGGCCAUUGAGUAUUUUUCUGAGUCUCCGAUACGCAGUGCGCACCGCAAUGUUCUAUACCAAUAGAGAUACUUCGGUAGUUCCCUGGUAAGGUUCGUGUACCGCCGUGGUAGCACGACAAGGCGAAAUGUACUAUGAAACCAACUCGCUCCCUCACUCAUUCAUCGGAACCUAGAAAUACUUUACGCUACAGUAGUGGUACCCAGAACGGACCGCACGCUCGAUGUACCCUAUCGACGAUCUACAGCUGUUCUUACACGUAUGAUCUCUAUCGAAAGGCCGACCUAGAACCACCUGUGUAACUAACUCGACUCCAGCCCCGGUUCCACUACUUCGAGUUAACCAACACCGAUCGACGGAUCGAGAGGAGUUUUGAGGCAUCCGACCUUUCGAUGGACGUUGCACGUGUGGUGAACCACUCCGAGUCGUCGAUUCUGUAUAUUAUCGACCCUUUCGAUGCCGAUGUAGCGCAGAGUGUACCAUGUGUGAAACAGGCACGAGCAAGCGGGAGGACGGAGCGAGUGAGGCAGGGAAAAUCCCAACGAGAAGAAGGACAAAACCUUAACCUAACUGUACCUAAACGUACACCUACCUCGACUAGAGUAGAGUUCAGUACUGUAGUGCAGAGUAGGCUCUGGAACUGUAACGUAGUAGCUGGGAGCAGAGGAGGGAGAUGUGAGAGGACAGGACGGGAGUCGGGACGGGAUGGGCCGACGGUGGCGACCGGUAAGCAGCAGUAGAACAGGUUGUAGUGGUUUCGACCCUUGACUCUAGUCCAGCGUGUAUGCUUGCCUUGCCGUCCAAGGUACCCUACCGUAGGUCGCGCGCCUGGAUAAGGCAAGAGCUGGCCGGCAGCGAGGGAGACGAAGGAGGAGGAUGAGGCAGUCAGGCAGGCAGGGAAUCAUGGGUACACACAUAUGCUGUACCCUACAGGCCUUUAAUUUCGCUCUUAGAUUACAUUACAUUAUUACUUG